CUUGCACAAAAGAACCCGGAAAUGCGCAGCAAAACCUCCCCUCAAAGACUUGACCAAGCCACCUCCCCUUAGCUUUCUCCCCACUUCUUCCAGCCUGCAUGCCUUGACAAAAAAGAGCCCUGGGAUUCCAUCCUCCACCCUCACCGAGGAGACUUGGAAGAAGAAGCUUUUGGCAACAUGGGCCUAAGGAAGUACUCCAUGGAUGAAGACAUGAGUCUCUGCUUCCAAUCUCCUCCUUUCUUUGAAUGGCUCAUGCCACCUUCCUCCUCCUCAUCCUCACCCCUAGCAUCAGAAUGCUUGCCUCUUUUGAGUAGGCUUGAAGAGCCCAAGAAGACCAUCAAGGAAGAAGAUGACUCCUUGGGAAAGGAUGUCCCCCGAGAAAAGGUCGCUGUGGCCUUGAACAUUGGACUGCCAGGUGCUUCAGGAGAGCUUGAUGGAGGGACCGAUCCUUUGUACUCUAAGAAAGAAGAAGAGAAGGAGAUGGAGGGAUCGCCGGCUUGCGAUUCGGGCAAAGAAAAAAGAUUUUGGAUUCCGACGCCAGCUCAAAUCCUCACAGGGCCGUUGCAGUUUUCCUGCACCGUGUGCAAUAAGAGCUUCAAUCGGUACAAUAAUAUGCAGAUGCAUAUGUGGGGCCAUGGAUCAGAGUAUAAAAAGGGACCAGAAUCUCUUAAAGAUACACAGCCGAUGGCAAUACUCAAACUUCCUUGCUACUGUUGUGCUCAUGAGUGCAAGAACAACAUCAAUAACCCUCGAGCGAAGCCACUGAAGGACUUCAAAACCCUUCAGACUCACUACAAGAGGAAACAUGGAUUAAAGCCCUUCAAGUGUAAGAAGUGCAGCAAGCCAUUUGCUGUGAGAGGAGAUUGGAGAACCCAUGAGAAGAACUGUGGCAAGCUGUGGUUUUGUACAUGUGGGUUUGAUUUCAAACACAAAAGGUCGCUCAGUGAUCAUAUAAGAUCAUUAGGAAAGGGUCACUCUCAUUACCUUCCUCCAAAGAUUUCUGAGGUAGAGAAGGAAUGCAUCAUAAGUUUUGAUGAUGAAAUGGUCAAAGGAAAAUAUCGUUCUACUGCAUGAAAGUUCGAAGAUAUUAGGCUUAUGUAAUCUUGUGCUCAGCAACAAAAAAAACUCUAGGGAUGUCUUUGCUUUAGAAGACUAUAGAAGGGAGUAGUUUGUUGUGGAGCACUAGAAUAAUGAUGAGUACACUAUUUAAAAUGUGGUGUCUUGGUUAGUUUAUGCAGCAAAUAAAAGAGAGAAUACCUAUGAAAAGAUUGUGAAGUAGCUGAAUUUUCUUCUGUCUCAAGGUUAUAAGUGCCAUAAAACUCUGUGGCCAAAUAACUCAUGUGUAAUCUUUGUAUUGGAGAAAAUUUCCCAAAUUCACAGACUA